AUGUGCCUGGCAGGAAUCGUAUGCCAAGCACAGGACAACGGGUGGAUGGACGAGAGCGCUGUGCAGACCUUGCUGACCGAGGCGUGGGAUCAAGUCCCUAAGAAGGUCAUCAUUGACGCGUUCCGCCACUGUGGGAUUUCAAGCAAGCUGGACGGGACAAAGAACCACCCGGCUUCAGAGGAGGAGGUGGAGGAGGAGGAGGAGGAGGAGGAGGAGGAGGAGGAGGAGGAGGAGGAGGAGGAGGAGAUGCAGGCGGAGGGCGUGAGGGAGGUGGCCGUGGCAACCGGCCUGGAUUUGCUGUACCAGGAGACCCCCAACUACCGCGGAGCGGCGGCUGAGGCUGACCGCAUGAUCGGGCCUAGGGAGACGGCUAGGCAUGCCUGGAGAGUGCCAGACCUGGGUGUUAGGGAGCCUGCUGUUAGUGCAAGUGAGGAGGCCGUGACUGAGGAGGGCUAG